AUGCACUUGAGAUCGCACACACAAACAACAGGACAACAACCCGGACAACAACCUUUACCACAACGAAACAGACCAAAAGUUAAAAUACUAAUACAACAAGAUUAUACAACAAUGGAGCGUGCUUUAGCUGAAAUUGAUGUCAAAUUUAAAGGUGGACAAAAUGAUAAUGCUAUUAAAUGGUUAGAAAUGGUUGAAUCAAGAUUUUCAUGUUUUGAUGGUAUUAGUGAUCCUGAUAAACGUAAGAAGAUAUCAUUACGUCUAGAAGAUGAUGCAUUAACAUGGUAUGAAGAGAAUAAGGCUAAUAAAGCGUCAUGGGCUGAUUUUAAACAAGCGAUGAUAGCCAAAUAUCCAUCAGCUCUCACACCAAAAUUAUCAUUUAUCAGAAUUAAUGAUUAUGAAGCACGACAACAGCAGGACAAUGAAUCAGUUACGAGUUACUAUAUUGAAAAGAUAAACUUGGCCAAUAUGGCAUCACCCAGUAUACCAGAUAAUAUGUUAGUAUCAGCCUUAAUUAAAGGACUGUUACCAUUAUAUCAUCAACAAUUAUAUGGUACAGAACAAGAGAUGCAAUGGUUAUCAAGUCACAACCAGCAACAAUCAACAAAUAUCAGUUAUCCGAGUGAAGACCAAUAUAUACAACCAUCAGUUAAUGCCAUACGUCAACGACACCAUUGUACAACAAUCACACGACAAAAUGUAAAUUUGAAACCACCAGUUUAUUUUCAAAAUAAUAAUAACCAACAACCCCGUUUGGAUUCAACAUUAUUAAUGAAUCCCCGUUCAGAUGAUCACCAAAGAAGACCAUGGAAUCGUAAUAGUCAACAAUAUUAUUCAGUACAACAAUAUCAACGACAACAAGUUGUCCCUACAUGUUAUGGUUGUGUCCAACCUGGUCAUAUACAACGACACUGUCAUUUAAACAGAAGAGGAGGUCAGAAGAUGGUGAAGAGAAAUAAUUUGAGAACAACGAUCAUGGCCGAUAUAUCAACAACAAUAUGCACAGAUUUAAUACUUGGAACUGACUGGUGUUCCAAGUAUGAUGUUAAUGUAUGUUUCUCAUCAAAAACAGUUAAAAUUGGUGAAAACAGAAAUAAUUGGUGGCAAAAAUCAGAAAUUAAAUUUGAACCAUGUCUAGAUGAGGAAAUUAAUCCUGUUCGAUUAAUUAAUACAGUAAUUAUACAACCCCAUACAGAACAAUUGACUGAAAUAACAGUACCAGUCAGACAACGUGAUACAAUGAUAUUCAGUCCCGAUCACCAAUUACAACAAUUACGUUGGAUUAUGAUGCCUAACGCAGUGGUCAAGAUCGAUGAUUAUCAUUCAAUUAUAUCAAUCACAAAUCCAACGGAUAAUCCAAAAAUGAUUUUCAGAAAUACCGUCAUUGGUGUUAUACGCACACCACCGGUUGAAUCCAAUUAUGGCAUUAAUUCAAGAUAA